GGGAGCGGGGCGAUGAUGAUGCGACGCAUUUGCAGCAGCUUUGCCGCAGCUUGCCGCUAUGGCCGUACAUCAGCACCAUCUCCAUUCCGCAUCUCAGGACCACCCUUCCGCUUCCUGUCCACACUCGCCGCCAAGCCCCUCCUCCGCUAUCGCGAGGCUGCUGGAUGCCUGUCGCUGGUCAAUCAGGACAGGCGGCCCCUGACCACCCCUCAAAUCGUCGGCCUCAUCGAUGGAGAGGGAUGCUUCACGUUGUACCGGGUUCGCAAGGGCCUCUACCCAGAUUUCAGACUUGCAAUGAACAUGAAGGACCUGUGCCUUCUGGAGCGUCUGCAGAAGUCCCUGGGUGCGGGGCACCUCUACCCGCAUAUGCAGAACAACCUUAUUGGCUACGAAGUUCGACUGAAAGAGCAAUGUCGCCGGCUGGUUGAGGUGUGUGACGCCUUCCCGCCGCUGACGGUAAAGGGCUCUGACUACGCGAGAUGGAGGGAGAUAGUGCUCAUCCAGCAGGAGAAGGGGACGGUCGCAAGUCGCAAUGAGUGCCUUGCCAUUGCUGAGAAGAUGAAUCGUGGCCGCCCGCAUGGUGCUUCGACUGGCCUGGAGCUCUUCCACGACAGCAGCAGCAUCAGGGAGGAUGAGGUUCUGCAGUGGCUGUCGGGCUUCAUCGCUGGAGAGGGCUGCUUUUUUUCCGAGCGUAAAGUACUAGACACAGUUGUCGGGUUCGCGCUGGAGCAGCAUGCAGCAAAGUGCGAGACUGAUAUACUUCCUUCGGGACUUUUUCGACAUCGGCCGAAUAAGUCAGCACCAAAACAUGGCUCGUUGGGCGGUUGAUCGGCGAGAUGACAAGCGAAGACUGAUCUCCCUCUUGUCCCGCUGGCCUCCUUUUGGCUGCAAGCUGGUGGACUUCAUCCACUGGCGCAGCUUCAUUGAGGACAGUGACGAAGCCAUGAAGAUGCACUGCAGCAGGUGGAGACAGCAUUUUGAUUGGGAGCUGUAUGACCCAGCUGAGUCCCACCUGGCCUGGUACACGUGCAAGUAUACCCACUUUCGAUCAGAUGUGCAGAGAGACAAACUCAGUACCUGGCGGAGGGGCGGAAGCGAAUCAGGGAGGAACGCAAGAGAGAUAUGCAUGAUGCGGAUGGACCACAGGGCACUGAAUGAAGAUGUGUGUAGUGCUGGUCAAUCAG